GUCAUGCUCCUCCGCUCCCCUGAGAUUGUGAGCUGAAGGGACGACCUCCUCGGAUUGGCUCACGUUGCCUGAAGCCGGGUCGUUCACCUCUCGACAGGCCCACAGGCUUGCUUCCUUGAGUGAAGAAGAAAAUGGCUGCCACUCAGGAGGUGCCUCCGCCGGCACUGGGCCUCCAUUUUUUUUCCCCUUUAGAAGAAACGAUGCCCCCGAGGGUGAAAAUGGAGGAGCCGGGGCCGCCGUGUCCGGAAGCGGGGUGGGAGUGGGACGCAGCGGGGAAGGCCCCCCUCGUCGUCCAGGCAGGCACCAUUAGCGACCUGCUGAGGUGGGCUACUCCUCCCCAGGUGAGGAGCGACCCCAUGCCGCAGCUGUGGGAAGUGCAGUGCCAGGAGAUGGUGCAGAGCCUGCGGACGCCCGCCGACGUCGUGCCAGGGCCUGUUCCCGUCCCGCCCCCGCCCCCCGCCUGGGGGAACCUUCAGCUGCCUGAACUGGCUCCUGUGGAUGAUAUAGAGGCCUACCUGUCCUCCUUUGAAAGAGCGGCAGAAACCUGCCAGUGGCCGAGGGGAGAGUGGGUGACCCGGCUCAUGCCGGCCCUCGGUGGAAAGGCCCCGCAGCCGCAUAACGGCCUGGAUGCCAGGGGCGGCCGAAGCGAGCACAGAAAGUCCAAGUCUUCCAGCCUGCGAGGAGAAGGCGGCGCCGGUGCAGAGAUGCAGCGCCAGCGUUUCCGCCAGUUCCGUUACCAGGAUGUCGAAGGCCCGCGGGAGGCUUGCCGGCGGCUCCGGGAGCUUUGCCGUCGCUGGCUGAAGCCGGAGAGCCGCACCAAGGAGCAGAUCCUGGAGCUGCUGAUCCUGGAGCAGUUCCUGACCAUCUUGCCCCAGGAGAUCCAGAGCUGGGUGUGGGAACGAGGCCCCGAGAACUGCGCCCAGGCAGUGGCCCUGGUGGAGGGCUACCAGAUGGGAAGGCGAGAUGCUGGCAUGUGGGAACAACAGGUUACAGUGCGGGUGAAAGUGGAACAGGUGAGCCCUCAAGAGAUGAUGCUGCCUGGAGCCCCGUGGGAGCCGUCUGCCCCACUGCUGCCCCACCCUGAGUGUGUACCAUCAGCAGACAUGACACUAAACCAGCCUCCUCCAGUUCCUGCUCUGAAGAUGCCCUGCAUUCCCAAGCAGGAGCCCCGAGGCCUUCAGGAAACCGGUGCCCUGAUGGCUAAUGGAGGCCGAGAACUGAACCCACUGCACGGAGGUCCUCUGGAACUGGAGCCUCACGGGACGUUCUCGGCCGUGAACCCCCCGGGGAAUGUGCCCUCUGAGCAUCAUAGCGAGCGAGCGAAUCAGCAACAUGAGGAGAGACGCAGCGAGAUGGGAGAGAAUCCAGCCGCACAACCCAACCCUGUUGGAGUUCCCCAGGGAACAGGAAAGCCCCUCCACCGGUGUUUGGAGUGUGGGAAAACGUUUAGCCGCAACUCGCACCUGCUCACCCACCAGAGGAUCCAUACGGGGGAGAAACCCCAUCAGUGCCCACAGUGCGGCAAGCGUUUCGGUCACACCUCCCAGCUGACUCGGCACCAGAGGACCCACGCCUCAGAGAGACCCUUCCGGUGCGCCCAGUGCAGCCGGAGUUUUUACCAGAGCUCCGAGCUGACCAGGCACCGGGCGUCCCACGCCAGAGACCGCCCGUACGGAUGCAGCCAGUGCGGCAAGAAAUUCCGGUGGAGUUCCGAUCUUAUCCGGCACCAGAUCACCCACACGGGAGAGAGGCCAUACAAAUGCCCCGAGUGCGGGAAGAAGUUUGGGCAGAACUCACACCUCGUUCGGCAUCGGAGGACCCACACGACUUAGCCGGCCCCUUCCUCGAUGGAGGUGAAGUCUUCAUUUCCCACCGCCGAGAGUUCACUGGGAGC